GGAGCACACACAACUCCAGGAGGCCAACUAUUCCACUGAUCCAUCAUUCUCACCCUCAGGAAAUGUCUCCUUCGUUCCAGGUUGGAUCCGUCUUCCACAAAUUUCCAUCCAUUGCUUAGAAAGGUUAUCUGAGUGACCCCAGUUUGAUUUCACUUCUUCAAACGGGUGAAAUGUCACCCCUAGGUAAGCCAAAUCUUCUUUUCGUUGGAAAGAGGAAGUAUGCUUUUUGUGAGUUUUCUGUGAAAUGGUAGGAGGAUUGUUGGAGUGUUCUUGGGAAUUUGGGGAGAAGUGAGGCUGCCUGUAUAUAUUACACUUGCAACUCUGUGUCUCUAGCCAUCCCACCCUAGGAGGGAGAGAAAGCAACAGAAGACCUUCUCCAGAUAUACCGGUAUUUGCUGUUCACCCAUCAUGGCUAAUCUGAAGUUUGCUUUUCUGAUCAUCCUGAUCUUGGCUGUCUACUAUCAACCCAUAGCAGGGAAAUGUGUCAGCUGUCCAGAAGACUGUUGCUAUGAUGUUAGAAAAGGAAAGCCUUUACCUCUAAGAGUGAUAUCAUCUUACAGAAAAACUUCUCAGACUUGCGGAAUGGAUGCUGUGGUGCUUGAGGUGAAGAGUGGCAAAGAAUUGUGCGUGGAAGCUGAAGCACUUUGGGUGAAGAGGCUCAUGAAAAGAAUUCCCAAGAAACAAAAUGAUUGAUUGGGAUGGAAUGCCUCGAGCAGGGGGUUGGACUAGAAGACUUCAAGGUCCCUUCCAGCCCUGUGACUCUAUGUUCUAUGAAAUGGGAAACCUUCUCUCCUACGAAGGAAAAGGCCAUCUCUUCUCUACUUUACUGCUUUCUAUCUGUUGGACUGGAUGCAAAGUUAAGUGAGAUUGAAGCCAAAGCUCUCCGGGAACCACAGUUUGCUGAACUGCUAAGAAACAGCAGCUUCACACUCGCAUGCUCCAAGCCUGCCUAGGGGCCAAACAGACUGAGUAGGAGUUGUGCAGAAUUAGCAAAACUUCAUCUAGAGUCUGGGAUUUUGCUAGAGUAGGAUCCCCGAGAAUAAGUGAAAAUGAAGGAAUGAAAUUCAUACACAAAACACUCCAACCGUAACUAUUAAAGAGGCAACUCCUAUUAGAUCAGGGCUCCUCAAACUUGGCCACUUUAAGAUUUGUGGACUUCAGCUCCCAGAAUUCCCCAGCCAGAUCAUAAGCAGAGCUGCGAUUUCACGCAGUGUGACUGCUUCGCUUAACGACCAAGUUGAAGUGCCAUUGGUGGUUGUUAAAUGAGGACUGCCUUCAGUUUCAUCACCAGUAUUCUGAUUCCCAAAGGCAGUGCCCAGUGCUGGCUGUAGGGAGAAGUCUUUUUUUAGGGGUGACACAAGAGGAGCUUGUCAGUUUCUCUUGAGGGAAGACCCCCCCAAGUCCUCCAGCUGCAGUCCAGGAAUGCUGAGUCUCCAGUCCACAGAACUGUCCUGUUCCAUAUUUGUUUUAAACCUCCUCGUAUUUAUUGCUUGUUAAUCUUUGGAAGAAUGUAAUCUACUUUUUGUUCUUUAUUUUAAGGAAGAACAAUGAGAUAUAAGCUAUUUGAGUGAAAAUAAAACUUUGGCAGCUCUUUA